CAGGGACAGGAGCAGGGACAGGAGCAGGGACAGGGACAGAAGCGGGGACAGGAGCAGGAGCCGCCGCUCCCGGGAGGAGCCUGGGAGGGGAAAGGGCAGGAAAACAUCCUGGGAAUCCCCGCGGCACCGGGAAUCCGCGGCAGGGCUGCCAAGCCAGCCUCGCCCAGCAGCGCGGAAUUGCGAGGAAUAUUUGGAAUAUUUGGAAUCCGGGAGAGCUGGGGCUGUUCUCCCUCGGCUGAUGCUGCUGUGCCGACCCCCGGAGCUGCCGGGCAUCACCUGGAUGCUGCUCGCAGGGCUGCUGCUGCUGUUCCCUCCGGCUCUGGGAAGGGCAGGGCCCAUCCGGAGAGCGGCUGCCGUGGGAUCCUCGCUGCUGCUCCCCGGCCUGGAUAACAACAGCCGCAGCGAUUCCACACUCUGGGAAUUCCUGAGCGGCGCCCGCAGCAUCCUGCAGCAGCCCGGAGGAGCCCCCGGCCCCGAUACCCGCCCGACCUACGCAGGACGAGCCCUUUUCCACACAUCCGAUGGAUCUCUGCUGCUGGAGAACGUCCAGGAGAGCGACAGUGGCACCUACAGAGUGACUGUCGGAGGAGGGAAGAGCCUGGAAAUCCAGCUGGAAGUGCUCCAGCCCGUGUCCCUCCCCCGGCUCUGGAGCAGCUCUCUCCUGGCCCGGGCCCCUGGGCAGCUCGUCUGUGAGGUGGCAGAGGGCAGAGUGGACAGCAUCACCUGGAGGAAGGAUGGGCAGCCCCUUGCCCCGGGCAGGGCUCCCCGGCUGUCCGGCAGCCGCAGCGUUCUGCACCUGAGCCCGGCCAAGAGAUCCGACUGCGGCUCCUAUUCCUGCAACGCCAGCAACGGGAUCAGCUGGCAAGAAACCUCCCUGAAGGUCACCAUCGAAGGUCUCUCCCAUCGCCUGAAGAUCACCCUGAGGAUUGCGGUGGUCGCCGUGGUCUUCGCUGUCAUCUCGGCCUGGGGAUUAAUUAUCCCCGUCUGCCAGUCCGAAAAGCUCAGGAUAAGGGGGGAGCUCUGGAGGUGGCUCAGCUCCUACACCUGCGGGCUGGUGUGCAUCGCCUGCGUCCUGGAUGGCACCGCCGGCAUCCUCUGGAUGUGGGAGGAAGGCCCUUCUGUGGCUGUCAUACUGCCUGAGAUCACCCUCAGCUAUCUCACCGUGGUCACCUUCCUGGUUGCCACCACCGUGAUUUUCCAGCCCAAUGAUUUCAGCCAUCCGAAGAGCAAAAAAGCUCAGCGCACCAUGGGCUACGCCGCGCCGGGGGCCGUGGUGGUCGUGGUGCUGAGCAGUGCCUUCCUCAUCAGGAGCUCCUACCAGCGCCACGAAGAAGGAUGCUCGGAGUUCCUGGAUGUCACUGUCCUGGUGGCCAGCACGGCGGCCGUGUCGGCCCUGCCGCUCCUCGCCAUCGGCCUCUGCUAUUUUGUCUUUUGCAGAUCACAAAACCCAGGGCAGGUGCAAGGACAGCGAUGUCUGUUGGAUGGACAAAGCUGGGUCCUUUGAGAUGUCUCAGCCUGGCACCAAGGACACCGCUCCCAGCUGAGCUCCAUCUCGGGGUGUCUCUCACUUCCCCCAGGUUUAGUGGGCUCAGGGCUCUCAGUUUUGGUUCCUCUAUGAUCCUCAUAAUAAAUGUCCAUGAAAUUAA